GUACGUCGCUGGCUUGCCGGCAUCUGAGUCGCAGCUGGGUCCUGCUACUUCUACUCCUCCGCGAGCUCCGCGAUCGUGCGCUCGCGCCGCGUGGUGUUGUCUCUCUGUGUGUGUAAGUGUGUGUGUGUGCUCGGCUCGGCAAGGGGCGGCGCUUUGACAGAGGUGCGUUGCUGAGCCCAUCACUGUCUGCUGCUGUGCUCCGCUGUGUACUCCAGUGUUCUGCCGUACCGCUGUGUACUGCUGUACCGUGCCCUCCCCGCCUGGGGUAGCUUGCGCGUCGACCGUCUCUGCUGUGCCGACUGUGUGAAGCGUGUGGUGUGCCUGCUUCUGACUUCACCCUCUCCCGACGACGAAAAGGACGGCCGCCAUGGCGCGGCCAGGCUGUGCGCUGCUGCUGUGCGCGACGCUGCUGCUCAUCGGGGACGCGGGCGCGGCGGGCGCCAAGCGCAGCAAGGACAAGGACCCCCUCGCCAAGGACCCCAAGGACGCUUCGUCGUCGCAGCGGAGGAAGUCGUUGAGCGGCACGUCGGCCGCCCCCACCGCGGCCGCCGCCCCCGGCCGCGGCGCGGUCAUGAACCUGUGCGACUCCUUCCACAUCAGGACCCUCAACGUGUACUGCUCGUGCUCGAGCCAGCAGCUGCUCAACGCCACCGAGGCCUCCUGCUGGGUCUUUGGCAAGAGCGAGAACGAGUCGGCGCCCAUCUGGGACUCCUUCUCGUCGCAGCCCAACCUGGAGACGCUCAAGAUUAACGUCCGGGACGAGAGCGUCCACAAGUUUGUUCCGACGAGGGCGCUCUCCUUCUUGCGGAAGCUCAAGCUGUUCGAGAUCAUGUACGCCACCAUCUCCGAGCUCCAGCCUUACGCGUUCGCCAACCUGACCACCCUGCAGGAGCUCCAAUUGAAGCGGAACCAGAUCAUCACGCUCAAGCCUCGCUCCUUCGCUUGGCUGCCCAACCUGACGACGGUCAACCUGGGCGAGAACCAGGUGGCCGAGGUGCACCGCGAGGUGUUCCUGGGGCUGCCGUCGCUGCGCCGCCUGUUCCUGGACCGCAACAACAUCACGACGCUGCACGACGGCUCCUUCACGCACCUGUCGGGCCUGGACGAGCUGGAGCUCAACGACAACCAGCUGGCCGUGCUCACCCGCGAGACGUUCAGCGGGCUCAAGAUGCUGCGCCGGCUGCUGCUCAACAACAACAAGCUCAGGAUGCUGGGCGACUGCACGUUCUGCGAGAUGCCGCACCUGACGGAGUUGUACCUCAACGAGAACGGCCUGCAGUACCUGUCGGUGCGCGCGUUCGAGGGGCUGUCCCGCCUCAGCCGCCUCAUGCUGGGCGACAACGCGCUGCAGGUGCUGAGCCCCGGCUCGCUCAACGGCCUGGCGCGGAUGCGCUACCUGGACCUGCGCAACAACGAGCUCAACACGCUGCCCUACGAGACCGUCAAGCCGCUCAUGGACAACUUCAAGAACGUGUCGUCCUACUUCUACAUCGAAGGCAACCGGUUCGUGUGCGACUGCAGGCUGUCGUGGAUCUACCAGCUGCGCAACGAGACUCCCAACGAGCAGAUCCGCACCUCCCUCGAGGAGACCACGUGCGUGCUGAGCUUGGACGGCGCCGACCCCGCGCCCGCCCACGGUGUCGUCAAGCCCGGCCUCAUAGACCACCACCAGAACGGCCUCCUCCACGGCGCGCAGCAGCAGCAGGUCGGCGCGCCCGUGCCGCACCGCGGCCGCCUCUUCGCCUCGCACGUGAGCACCGACGGCCCCGGCUUCAUCCGGGACGAGGCCGUCGUCGUACACAACAAGAAGCACGACAAGGACGACUCGAGCGACUACGACGCGGAUGACGUGGACGAGGACUACAGUGGUCCGGAGGACCUGAUGGCCAGCCAGCAGCAGAGAGUCUCGCCGUCGGGCACCGACCGGAAGCUCCUCGAGCUGGACCCCGAGCAGUUGCCCUGCCCCGAGCCCGUCAAGCAGCCUACCCCUACAGCAGACGACUUGGACGUGGACCUCAUCGGUCAGGAGUUCGACGAUAUUAACGGCGUGCAGACGCUGACGGGCACCGUGGCGGGGAGCAGCGGGGCGCCGUCGCUCUCGGCCGCCCUGGUCCUGGCGUGCGUGCUGCUCGUAGGCCGGCCGCGCUUCGGCACCUGAGCGCACAGUCCAGAGGCACCAAGCCAGCCAGCGCUUGGGGAGGAACAAUAAAGAAGACUGAUUCGACUGCUACUAUUGUUGCUAGAGGACCCAGCCACAUUGUGGUUUCCGGAGAUGGGGAAGGCGAGAAGAGUUUACACAUGAACAAUUGGCGUAGUGUUACUCCCUCCCUUCCCCACUGUGUACGCACAGCGGUGCACACGAUAUUAACGCCUGCCCCAUCAGGCUCAAGUAACCAAAGAAAACACCGCCCCCAACUACUUUGGAAGGCUGAGGUGGUGAUAGGAUGUUGAGUGUCAAGUCACAAUUUACUGGCCGAAUGAGGUGCCAAGUAAUUGUGUGACUAAUGUGAUAUAGCCUGGACAAAAUCUCAUUCUUUUCGGAUUUGUCAGGGCCGCCUGGUAUUGAAUUAUCCUCAAUUCCCUGGGGCAAGUUGAACUGAUAGUUAACUUUCUUGUAAAUAGUAUUGCAGCAACUAAGGCUAUAAAUCAUCCUUGUGCUAGACUAAUCGCAUUUGUGAUUGCAAAACUGUAAUAUAAACGUGAAUGUGUUGUAAUUUAAUACUGUUAGCUUCUGCUCAUUCCAGUACCCAUUCGCAGUGCAUUCCUUGGCAGUGCUCUUUCUUGUGUAUUGUGUUCCUUUGUCAAUGUCACUCUAAUUUUGUCACCUUUCAUUGUCAUAGCAUAGACGCUGCAUUGUUGCCUAAUGUUUGGGCUCUACUCAUGUCUGUGGUUUGAAGUAAUUGUAUUUCCAUCACAUACGCAUCUCUGUCCCAGUAAUUGUUAGAUUAAAAUUAUUUUAAGUAUGAUAUGUACAUGCUGUAAUGUAGUUGUGUGUGUGAAUUUGCUGUUAAUCCUGAUACUUUCCUUUUAAAAUUUUUAGUAAGUAAACUAAUUCAAAAAUUAAACAGGGCUUUUCACAGAACUUUAUUUUGGAUAGUUUGUUAAACAAAUCCUUUUUCCUGUGAAUGAAUUUGAGUUACUAAAUAUAAAUCAUUUUUAUGAGUACUCGAAUAACUUGAUUCAGCUACGAUCAAACCAUGUACUUAGAAUUAUUCAAAUAUGCACUUGUGGCAUAAAUUGGAUAUAUACAGCAUGUUACUAAAAUUCUGAAUAUAAAUAAAAAAAGUUGCAGAGUCCUUUGUAAUAUUCUUAUAAAUAAUGAAUGGAGAUUGUGAAGUUGUGAACUCGUGAGGGUAUUCCUUGGAGACUAAUCAUUAAGCAGUAAGAAAGCAUAUAAUGCUCUAAAUAGUGUAUGAGAGAUGGUUUUGUAUUUGGAGAAUUGCUUAGAUUGCAUGAUAAGAUUAGUUCUAUAAUUUAUACGAAAAAAGUGUAAGAUUCUUCUUUAUCAGUUGGAUGAUCUUAAACAAAGCCUGUUCCAAAGUCAUCAAUGAUAGGCUGUAUCACCCCAAGAUAAAUAACAGAUAAAAAUAAUAGAUAACAGAUCUAUCUUACCCAGGUUAUUCCUGCCAUCUAUUGUUUCAAAUGUGUUUCAAUGAACAUAUUUUGCAAUAAAUGCUACUUUGGUGGAAUGAACAAUGACCAAACAGCAUAAAUAACCUUCCUGAAAUGGAUCUGGUAUCUGUUAUCUGGUAUUUCUCUUAAGGUGAUACAGACACAGAAUGUAUUUCUGUGCAGCCACAGAAGGUAUUUCUGUGCAGCCACAGAAUGUAUUUCUGUGCGUUAUUACCACAUUACUAUGAAAAAGAUGUCUUGGUGCUUUGAGGGUAGAUUAUGUCAACUAUUUAAGUAUAUUCUCAUUCUUGUACAUAUUAGACCCUUAGGUACUGUUACAUGAAUUUGUGGUUUUAAGGGUAUACUUGUUUCUUAAACACUAUGAUGUGCUCUAAGAAAUGUAAGAAAUGUGUUUAUCAGUUGAUUUCAAACAAACUGUCGAAUUUACUGCAAAUAAGUAGUUCUAAGAAACUGCUUGCGGCGAGAAGCCUGAUCAUUUCAGGGGCCAGUAAUUUAUUGAUCAAAAACUUAUCUUUCAGAUAUUGUCUGUUCUGCAAUACAGAAGGCUCCCCGACCUUUUCAAUCAUUUUGGUGUGCAUGCUAGCUUUUAUAUAUAAGUCAGUUUGCCUUGUACGCUUUCAUGUAUGAUUCUUCAACCUGUAAGUCAAUCAGCCUUUUGGUAGAAAGAUAAAUGUUCUUCAUUUAGUUCCAAAGUGGCACUUCAAUUACCUGUUUCAUUUACAUACAAAAAACAUGUAACUAAAAUGGAAAUGUUUGAGUCAACCAGAAUUCAACAGUAGUUUUACUUAGCAGUUCUCUUUCAUCCUCCAGUAGCAUUGAUUCAGUAAGCGCCUAAAAAAAGAUAUCACAAAUAAUGGCGCAUAUAUGCGCGCAUUAAAAUUUGCUUAAAAGUUAAACAUUUUAGGUGCGUUUUAUGCGUUCGGUGCUACUGGGGUCUGUUCCAUAAUAGUUACGAUCCUUUUCAUUUGGCUAACAGAUGUGUUUUGUUCUACCAGGCCACAAUGCUUAGGCCAUUGUUCUGUUAUGUACUGUUCUUUGAAACACUUCGAUACGUAGCCGUUUGUUUGUGUCUGUUGUACCAGUUAAUAGCUGAGUGUUUGAGAGAAAAUACAUGAAUUGUUGCAGCACUAUUGAAAUUAUGGGUCUCCCUUACCUUAUCAAAACUAGUGAAUUUUGACGUUAUAAUUUAUUGCUUGUUUAUAAUUGUACAAAACAAGGUAAUUUCUGCCAAAAACACCAAAAGUACAUAAAUGAACCCGCAUUAAAACCAAUGCUAUAGAGUAUGAUGUGAAGUUGUGCGUAUGAUUAGAUGUAACCAACCUGAUAAAAUGUGUUCUAUAGCAAUUUCAAAUUUAACAUUUGGUGAAACACUUAAGUACAGGAUUUGUGUUACCUGCAUACUUUUAACAAGAAAUACAGCUUAGCAAGCAACCUCCGUCACAUGUAAACAAUAUGAGAAAAAAAAAUUGUGAUCUAUCACAACCUGAUAGCUGAUUACAAUAAAGUAAUAUUUUGAGUGCAAUAACA